CCCAAAAUAAAGCAGUUCCAAAGCUAAGUAGACCACACAACUGGAAACAGUGGGGUUGAAACCUUCCCCAGGGCCCACUAAGAUGUUUACAUGCCAUGCAACCUGUUCAUAAGGUUACACAGACCGGGAUGAAUGGAAAAGGAAAACACAUCCAAAACUAGUGGUCCUCCUUAAGUUUUCGACAGUAGACAUUCAAUCCACACAAUUUCCUGUGGUGUGGUCCACUUGAAUAGUUGCACAUGCUUCAAUUUUGGGCUCGUUCCCUAAAAGAAUCUGGCAAAACAGAUGGACGGCUUGGAUUAAACACAUACAUCAUGGUGGGCCACACGUCCAGCCACCCCGCAAUCUGCGUCCAUAUUAUACACCCCGUCCUCUCUCUCUCUCUCUCUCUCACACACACACACACACAAUGGAAAUCACAACCAUGACCCAUGCCAUGCAACUCCACGCCCAGAUAAUCAAAACGGGAAAAAAUGACGAAAACACCCCUGCACUUAGCAAGCUCUUUACCUUCUCUGCCCUGUCCAUUUCAGGAAACCUCACCUACGCUCGUUCCAUCUACAAUUCCCUGCACAACCCAAACUCCUAUUUCUCCAACACCAUGCUCAGAGCCUACUCAAGAAGCCCAGACCCGAACCAGGCCCUGCUCUUCUUCCUGGCAUUGCAACAAAACCAGCAGCAACAAGACAAAUUCACCUACCCUUUCCUCCUCAAAUCCUGCAGCCAUCUGCGUGCCGUCCAUGAGGGCAAGCAGCUGCAUGCGCUCGUCUGCAAGGCCGGCCUCCAAGCCGACUGCUUCAUUCAGAAUUCCCUCAUCCAUAUGUACUCGAGCUGUGGGGAAUUGGAUAAUGCAACGCGGGUGUUUGACAGAAUGGCCAACAGAGAUGUCAUCUCAUGGACUUCAAUCAUCAACGGCUAUGUUGAUAGUGACCGAUCAGUUGAGGCACUGCAUCUGUUUGAACGGAUGCAAGAUGAUGGUGUUGCACCUAAUGAUGCAACCAUGGUUUCCAUUUUGAGAGCUUGUGCAGAUUCAGGAGCAGUUAGCAUCGGGCAGAGAAUUCAUCAGAUCAUUGAGCGGAACAAGCUCGAUUCAAGGGCUAAUGUUGUUACGGCUCUGAUAGAUAUGUAUGCCAAAUGUGGGUGCAUAGAAAAUGCUCAACAGUUGUUUGAUAAAAUUGUUGCAAAAGAUGUUUUUGCAUGGACAGCAAUGAUUGCUGCCCUUGCCAGCCAUGGGCAGUGUAAAAAGGCAAUCGAUUUGUUCCAUCAAAUGCAAGCGCUCAACAUACCACCAGAUGAGCGGACCAUUACUGGGGUUUUAUCUGCUUGUCGAAAUUCUGGAUGGGUCAGCGAGGGCUACUAUUUUUUCAACAAUAUGGAGAAGAACUUUGGGAUACAGCCCAGGAUUCAACACUAUGGUUGCAUGGUGGAUCUACUUGCACGAACAGGACGUCUAGAUGAAGCAGAGGCGUUCAUCAAAAGGAUGCCAAUUGAACCGGAUGAAGUUCUAUGGCGCAUGCUGAUCUGGGCAUGCAAGAUUCAUGGAGACACCAUUCGUGGUGAACAUUUGAUGAAUCAGCAGCUUCUAAAUAUGGAUUCUAAUGAUAGUGGGAGCUAUGUUCUUCUCGGAAAUGUUUAUGCAUCAGCAGGGAAAUGGCAUGAGAAGGCAAGAGUAAGGAGGUUGAUGACUCAAAGAAGAAAAGAGAAAUCACCAGGGUGUAGUAUGAUUGAGGUAAAUGGAAUUGUACAUGAAUUUGUAGCAGGGGAUUCAGGUCAUCCGGAAGCAGAGAGGAUCUACAGAAAAUUGGAUGAUAUUGCAGAGAAAUUGUGGGUAGAAGGUUACCAACCAAAAUUAUCAGAGGUCUUGCUUGACAUUAAGGAGGAUGAGAAAGCUUCCCAACUGUGGCACCACAGCGAGAAACUAGCUGUUGCAUUUGGGUUAAUCAGCACAAGCCCCGGGACCAAAAUCUUGGUUGUAAAGAACUUGCGGUCUUGUGAGGACUGCCACUCCACAAUGAAAUUCAUCUCUAAGAUCUUUCAGCGGGAGAUAAUCAUCAGGGAUCGAAUUCGAUUCCACCACUUCAAAGAUGGGUUCUGUUCUUGUGGAGAUUACUGGUGACGGAAGGAUGGUUCUAUGCAGAAGGGUUCAAACACUCGAAGAAAAUUUGAGAGCUUAGAAGAUCUCAAUUGCUCAAACAGCAGAGAGGAAUUU